UAUGAGGAUCAACGUAACGGCCUGUACCACUGCAGCUACGACGGCACUAAACAUUACUUCUACAUCAAAGCUACAGUGUGUGAGAACUGUUACGAUCUGGAUAAAACUCUGGCGACGGGGGUGAUGAUCGGAGACGUUAUCUUCACGCUGGGCGUCGUCUUAAUCGUUUACCUCUGCGCUCAGAAUAAAGCUGGAAAAGCUGCUCCUCAGAGAGCUAAACAAGCGCGUUCACAAGGGAAAGGUCCUGCAGUUCCCGAGCCGGAUUAUCAGCCUCUAAACCCGGGAACGCGCUCCAACGAUGUGUACGCUUCAGCAAAUCACGCCGUCUGAGGAUCCAUCCACUGAGCUUCAACAUCAACAAGAGCUUCAGAUUAGAACAGGAUGCACGUACUGAUCAUAUUUAACA